CUUAAUAAAAUUUCACAAAUUUACAACGUAGCUCUGUUUUUAUUUAUUCAAUAUUUUAAAAUAUACAGAAGGACAGUAAAAUUAAUUAACCUUGUUUUCCUUUGCAGUAAUCGACAACAAUGAGAAUUAGUUGUGCCGCCAAAUAUUGUAAAAACAAAAGUUAUAAUUGCAACUUAAAAUUCUUUAAUUUUCCAAUGGAAGCAAGAGCUCAAAUUUGGUUGAUUGCUUGUGGCAGAGAAGAUCUUCUGCAUAAAGGAGUCAAUUUAUUUAAAUAUAAAAUUUGCUCUGCACAUUUUGAAAAGAAACAUUUUAAUGUGUAUCGUUUGAAAUCUGAUGCUGUCCCUACAUUAUUUCCAACAAUGGAAAGUUCAAGUUUAGCUGAACACAGUUACUGUCAGGCUAUAAAUGAUUCAAAUAAUGUACAAGGUAUUCCAAAAAAUUGUAAAUUAAGGAGUUCAAGUUUAAAUGAUCACAGCUAUUGCCGUGCUUCACCUGAAUUAGAUUGUAAUACAGGACAAGGUAAAUUUUAGAACAUACUUAUACUAAAAUUACUGAAGAAACUGAACCACCAACUAGCCUAAACAUUUUGGAGAAUAUUUUAAUGAACCAGCCUAUCCCAAUCGAAAAGGAAACUCACCCUACACCCACCUUAUCAAAGUUACCUACACCAACAACAACAAAAUAUUUAACAUCAAAGAGUACACAAACCAGCUUACAUUUAUCUGCUAACACCCCCAGAAAAAAUAAGCUCAGAAAGUCACUGAAAAAACUUAGAAACGAAAAUUUAUAUUUGAAUCUAAAAGUAGCAAAAUUAGAAGAAAAAUUACGUGAACAUGAACAAUGUAAGGCAUUAACUUUUGAAUUAUUUCCACCAAAAUGAGCCAACAUUGAAUAUUCACUGAUGUUAACUAUUUACAAGUAUUUAAAAUGGAGGAGAAACAUUAAUGAAAGAUGUGAAGAACACAAAUCUUUUGCAAAUGAUUUGUGAAGUUCCUGAAUAUAUAUAAACAUUUACAUGCUUUGGUUUUCUUGACAUUACUAGAGAAGAAAAGACGGUUGAUUAGAAGCUUUGAAGAAACUGAACACAAUUUUCUGUGUUAAAAAUGAAACAAAAUAGUACUGUAUAUGUUAUUAUU